AUGGAGUCUGGGGGUGCUGAGACUGGGGGUGCUGAGCCUGAGAGUGCUACGUCUGAGGGUGCUGAGCCAGAGGGUACUGCGACUGACCGUGCUGCACCUGGAGGAGCUCCCUCCUCCCAGCAGCUGCGGGAGUGGUACUUGCAGUACUGCAGCCUCAGGAGGGGCGCUUCUGGAGCUAGGGGUGCUGCUGGAGCUGGUGCUCGUGGUUCCCCUCCCAGGCGGGAGCCGCCCUCUCCCCAGCGGCUCCGAGAGUGGUACGCUCGGCGCUGCAGUCUCCGGAGUGGCGCUACUGGUGUCGCGGACCCUGGAGCUGGAGCUGGUGCUGGUGCUGGUACUACAGACGCAGAAGCUGCUGGUGGUGCUGCUGGCGCUGCUGGAGGUGCUGCUGGUGCUGGAGCUGCUGGAGGCACUGCUCCUGCUGGAGGUGCUGCUGGUGCUGGUGCAGUGGACCCUGGAGCUGGAGCUGCUGCUGGUGUUGGAGCUGCUGGAGGUGCUGCUGGUACUACUGGAGGUGCUACUGGUGCAGGUGCUGCUGGAGGUGCUGCUGGUGCUGGAGCUGCUGGAGCCGUUGGUUCUGUAGGUGCUCGUACUGGAGGUACUGGAGCUGCUGGGACUGGAGCUGCUGCGGGGGUUGGAGCUGGAGGUACUGGAGCUGCUGGGGUUACUGGUGGUGCUGAGGGAGUUGUCGCUGGAGACCCUGGGGCUGAGGGUGCUGGUGCUGUCUCUGCUGGUUCAGGAGGUGCUGAGCGGCCGCGACCGUACUACGUUCCGCUCCUUCAGCAGGUUCUUGGCCUCCCGCCCUCCACUGGUCUUUCUCCUCCCCUCCUGAGUCCACCACCUGUCCAGUCGCAGUCACAGUUACCGCUUGCCUCUCCGCUGCCUGGUCCUUCUCCUUACACUGCGCCGACGAGUAGUCUUACGGAGCGUCGUGAGCCUGAGUCUCGUCCUCCGUCGUCUGAGUCGCGUCCAGAGUCGCCUGUCCGCACUGUCCGCACUGGUCGUCGUGCUCCGCGUCAGCGUCCUCCUCCAGUCCUUGGCACUCACUAUAUGACCCUGCGUCCUUCCACUGCUCCACAGCGCGUCCCUCUGCCGUCUCCUCCUGCGUCCUCUCUUCCUGCCGUUGCUGACCCGCCGUCAGACUCCUUUCGUGCUGCCAGUCCUACUGUCACGCAUUUCCUCGCCACUGUUCUCACUGACCCUACCUUUGAGUCCUCUGCUGCGUCUGCUCUUGUUGUUGAGCUUGCUGACUUUGCUGCCGCCUGUCGUCUAGACUACGCCGCUAGCCUUGUUGCUGAGUCUGAGUCUGUCUGUCCUCCGUCCGUCGGGGGUGAGUGUGCUCUUGGCACGGACGUCCUUGAGGACAGACAGGAGGAGUUUGAGUGCUUUGCCGCUGCUUUACCUCAUCUCGUGUCCAUGCUGAUUGCCCCUGAGGGAGACCCGGAUGCACCAGACAUCCCGACCCCACGCUCUUACGCAGAGGCGAUGGAGGGUCCCUACUCCUCUCAGUGGCAGACAGCCAUGGACGCAGAGAUGGCUUCCUGGAAGUCCACAGGCACCUACGUCGACGAGGUUCCCCCACCUGGGGCGAACAUCGUCAGUGGCAUGUGGAUUUUCAGGGUGAAGCGGCCGCCGGACCUUCUCCCCGACCCGAAGAUGACCACUCUUCGGGUUCUGCUGCACGUCGCCGCUCAGCGUGACUACGAGCUCCACUCUCUUGACUUCAGCACUGCUUUCCUACAGGGCAGCCUGCACGAGGAGAUCUGGCUGCGCCGCCCACCUGGCUUCACUGGGUCGUUCCCUCCUGGUACCCAGUGGAGCCUCCGGCGGCCAGUCUACGGUCUCCGCCAGGCACCCCGUGAGUGUCACGACACACUGAGGACGACUCUUGCUGCUCUUGGGUUUGCUCCUUCUACUGCUGACCCGUCCCUGUUUCUACGCACCGACACCACUCUGCCGCCGUUCUACGUUCUCGUGUACGUAGACGACUUGGUCUUUUCUACUACUGACACUGAGGCACUCGCCCACGUGAAGUCGGAGCUGCAGAAGAGACACACGUGCACAGACCUGGGUGAGCUGACAAGCUAUCUUGGCUUGCGGAUCACCCGGGACAGAGCACAGCGCACCAUCACCUUGACUCAGUCACACAUGGUGCAGCAGGUCCUUCAGCGCUUCCGCUUCACGUACUCCUCACCUCAGCCCACUCCUCUGCCUACCGGUCACUCGCUCUCAGCUCUGCCUUCGGGAGUUACGCUGGCUCACCUACCUGCUGACCGACCUGGGAGAGCGGCCUCGUUCUCCUCCAGUGCUGUACGUCGACAACAAGGCCGCCCUUGCCUUGUGUCAGGAGCACAGACUGGAGCACAGAACGAAGCACAUCGCUCUGCGCUACUUCCUUGCUCGAGAGCUGCAGCAGCGUGGUCAGCUUCGUCUCUCGUACGUGGCCACUCGGGCCAACACUGCUGA